AUGGGAAAGUUAUAUGAGAAGACAAUCUCCCUAUGGAAACAAUUAAGGGAUAGAUUUAGAAGAGAACAGAAGUUAGAAAUACGGGGUUCGAAGCAAAGGAUUAUAGCGAUAGGAAUUCAAUGUAUAAAAGUGAACACUUCAUUUAAUUUAGAAGAGGCAA